AUGUACAUCGGUGGUAGAUCGCAGCAGACUUUGUUACCGCUGCGGUCGGGAUGGCCACAGGGCGGCGGACAGGAGACGCCCGAGACCAGAGGGGUAGGCGCUCGGUGGAAAUUUUCGGACGGACUGGCCGUGACUCCCCCCCCGAUAAGGCAUGUCGAGGGGGGAGCCGGCUACGUUGCGGUCGAGUGGAGGCCCACAGAUGUGGUCGGAUGUUAUGCCCCGCCCUACUGGACCCGCGCUGAAUUCGGGAGACUGUUGGACCGGCUGGAGGCGCUCAUAAUGAGGCACCUACCCAGACUGGUUAUUGUCUCCGGGGACUUCAAUGUCAACACGUUGUGGGGCUCCCCGGGGACAUGCCCCCGCGGCGCGGACCUCCAGGAGUGGGCUGCGUCUACCGGUCUCAGUCUACAAAACAGAGGCCGGGAGAGCACCUUCGUCGGGUGGCAGGGGGAGUCCAUCGUCGAUCUGACGUGGACCUCACCUGCGGCCGCCCGACAAGUUCAGGGAUGGAGGGUGGCGACUGAGGCGAAGACCGGAUCCGAUCAUAGAGCUCCGCCUCGUCGUCGCCCCUCGGGAGGAGCUCUCAAGGCGCGGCAGCGGGGCGACCCGACCGCCAAGGUGGGCACUGACCUCGCUCGACCGCGACAAGUUUGUGGCCGCCAUCUGCGCGGCCAACUAGGACGAAGCGGGGCCCGUAACCAGGUCCCGCGAUUCCAUUGGGGGGGAAGUUAUGAGGAUCCGGGGCAUAAUGCAGGGCGCGUGCGAUGCGUACAUGCCUCGGUCCUCCCCCCCAGCCCGCAGGGCCGCCUAUUGGUGUCGGCGGAGAUCACCGAGGUUAGGCGCUCCGCCGGCCGCGCCUGGAGGGCGAUGGCAGCCCUGCGGGACAGGGACGCGCGGGUGGCGGCAUCGGCCGUCCUCACGGCGAGGAAAGGCGCCGUGAGGAGGGCCAUCGCCAAGGCCAAGGUCUUGGCCUGGGAGGACCUCAUCUCCUCCGUAGAUCGCGAGCCCUGGGGGUGCCCAUACCGGAUGGUAAUGCGGCGAUUGCGCCCAUGGGCGCCCCCACUUACGGACACCCUUAACCCCGAGCUCCUAGACAAAAUUGUGGAGGGGCUGUUCCCGGGGGUGGGGAAUAAUAUCCCUCCCGAUUGA